AUGGAAGAGUCACCUGAUGCGAACGAUAUUAGGGUCACAAGCCUCCAAAUGAAGACAAAAGAUAUGUGUAAAAGCCUGCCGAUAGAAAAUGAAUUCGACGAACAUCAAACAGCGUCGACUUUUGCCCAAUGUGCAUCUAUCGUUUCCCCUAUACCCCAGUUAGACGGCGAUGUAGCAGCAGAAUCUGCAAGACAAACUGCAAUAGAAUUCGAUGAUGCACCAAUAAUCGAUAUAGUACUAUCAGGUGGACCACCGCAACGUAAUGCCUCAGACAGCUGUCGGAAAAUCAUUAUAAUUGGUGACGAAUAUGCAAAAAGCUUCAGAAAAGUGUUAGAACUAUACAUCGACAUAACAAAGAUGUCCAUAAAAGCUCACGAUUAUCCCCAUUUAGAGUUUGUAGAUAUCACGAAAAACGUAUUUAACAUCACAAAAUCUCUUGAGGCAGUCAUUGACCUAUGUAAAGAUGCUGUGAUUGAAACUACCUCCGCUGCACUCAAGCGGCCCUCGGCUUCAAUGAAGCAUCCGGAAAAGAAAAUUUGCUUGCAAAGAUCCAGCGUUAUCCAGGAUACUAGCCAAGUCGCCAUGUGUGUGGAAGAAGGGUUAAAGGGUUUCGACAAUAAUGUGGAUCAAGGUGUGACUUCCUGA